CCUUAUCAGUCUUCUCCCGGCCAAUCAGCUGCAGGCAGAGAGGCUGAGCUGUAGGGAUCUCAAAGCCCUCAGAGGCUGUAUCCAGAUGGAGCUGGAGGUGAGAAGGGCUCAAGGAAGGCUGAACCUGGGGAGACAGAAGUUUGGCUGCUGCAAUGGCCUCCCUGGCAGAACCUUCUUUGCCAUCCAUCAACAACCUGGCCAGCCUGGGACUGGGGCCCCUGCAGGACACACAGACCAGGAGCCACAAGUGGUGGCAAAUAGAUGAGCCUCAGGAUGUGGACCUCCAAGGGGCUGGUCAAUGGCCUUACCAGGUGAAACAGGAACAUCGAGACCCAGGACUCUGGCCUGAGCAGAUUGAAGGGGACAGAGGGGCAGAGGGAGAUGACCCUUGCUGGGACCUGGAUUUUCUUCUCACCAACUUCCCUGGGCCAGGACCAGGGCCAGGGCCAGGGUUGGGACCAGGGCCAGGUGUGGGGUCAGGACCAGGGCCAGGACCUGAGCUAUGCCUAGCUCAUCCUUGUGGCCUGUUCCCUGAGGGCCCAGGCCUUAUGGCUGAGCUCCAGGAUCCCAAGGAGCAACCCAACUGGGGCUGCUCGGUCCCUCGGCCCCUAGCCGUGGAUGCAGUGCCCUAUGGAGCAAACGCCUUGCCUCCAGGUCCCAGCCCCAGUCUCAAAGUUCAGACAGGGCUACCCCCGUACUCACCUUCCUGUCUUAGGGAGGGAGGGGGCAGCUUCCUCCAGCCUGGGCCUGGGUACCCAGGACCCACCACUCCGGUGAUGGCUCCCUAUGGGCUGCUGGGGACAUACUCUACCUUCUACCCAGCCCCUCACUACCAAGCCCGAUUCCAGCUGUAUCGGAGAGAGCCCGCACCAAGCUCCAGCCCGGGGUCGGGGUCCUUGGCCUUCCUGGGUCCCCCAGCGCCUUCCGAGCCAGUGGACGAGGCCACCAGGCCCAAGCGAAGUCGCCGGCCUUGGGCCCGGAAGCGCCAGGCAGCUCACACGUGUGGACACCCAGGCUGUGGGAAGACUUACACCAAGAGUUCCCACCUCAAGGCCCAUCUAAGAACCCACACAGGAGAGAAACCCUACGCUUGCUCCUGGGAAGACUGCGGCUGGAAGUUCGCCCGCUCUGAUGAGCUGACCCGCCAUUACCGGAAGCAUACUGGGCAGCGCCCCUUCCAGUGCCAGCUGUGUUCACGUGCCUUUUCCCGUUCAGACCACCUCGCCUUGCAUAUGAAGCGCCACCUGUGAGGCUAAGCCUGGCCUCCAGGAACAGGAUGGAGCCCCAGGCAGAGCCUGGGAUAAGCCACAGAGAGGAAACCAUAGGUAAAAGACUUUGGACCAAGCCAUAACCUGGAUCGUGGAAGGAGGCAGAGACAGAGGGAAUCACAGGGCGCCCAGAAACAGAAGCCCCAAUGGCCAAUGGACUGAGAUCUCGAGCCCAGCCCAAUAGCUGGCCAUUUCCUGCUGGGGACUGCCAGCCAACAGCCACCCUCAGCUCUGGGCACUGGACCCAUGAGGAGUGUUGUCUGUCCUUGGGGCUGCCAUGCCUCUGCCCUCAUCUGCCCUCUAGACCCUACUGCAGCUCCUCAGAAGGGAUCUCCUCUGGGCACAGGCUCCCCACUUUCCUCUGGAUGCCCUCCUAGUGAUUACCAAACCGUUGCUGUAAAUGGUUAAUGCUCCUCACCCCACCCUCCCUCCAGUCCCAGCCUGCCCCUCUCCUCCAGCCUAAGCCCAUCUAUGGACAGUCUGGGGCUGGGCUGCCCAGAACCUGCUUUGUCAAAACUGCCUUUCCCCUGCUGUUCUUGGAUAAAAUUUCAGAUUCUGA